AAAAGACGCACCUGUAAGUUACAGGCGUGGAGAAAACUAUUUGGUGAUUUGGUGGGAAUCAUCGUCGAUAUUUUAGCUACUUGUGAAACCUGGGUGACUGUCCCAUACACUCCUGGCUUUCUGAUGAACUUCAAUUUAUUCUGGGCUGAGGCACAAAGAGAACAUUCAAUAGGCAGACCAAGUGGUGGUCUUUUAACAGCUGUUAAUAAAAAGCACUCCGUUUUGCUGAUCGACGCUUCACCAUGGUGGAUCUUAAAGGAAAUCAAGCUUGGAGCUUCAACAAUCAUACUUGGGAUAUUAUCGACGACAUCAGAGCAAAUCCUAUAUGCGGAUGACACAGUUAUCUUCGCUCAUUCACAUAUUGACCUCUUACGCAAACUCAGGGCCCUCAAAGAGUAUUGUGAUCUAAACCAGCUAACGGUGAAUAAAGCAAAGACAAAAAUCUUAGUCUUCAAGGCAGCUGGGAGAAUACGCGACUGCCCUUGUCGUUACAGAACCUACAAGCAGUCUUAUCUGGAACUGGUCAAAAGUUAUACCUACCUUGGAGUUGAGAUUUCUACAUCAACUAGGGGUCUCACAGCCUUGAACUCAGCCAAUAAUAAGGCCAAGUGUGCUGCUGAAGCGGCUAUGUCUUUGCUAGCAAAAGCCAAGUGUGAUUCAUGGAGUGCGCAUAUGAAGAUUUACAACUGUAUGGUCUCGUCGGUAUUUUUGUAUGCUAUACCAGCCUGGGGUCUCUGGUAUAGACAUUCAUUGGAACCUGCACAAACUUUCUUCUUCAAGAAACUGUUCAAGUUGCCUAGAAACACGCCAGACUGGGCGGUGCGUUUGGAAUUUGGGCUCGACCCAGUUGCACUAAAGGCUAUGGGCUUUAUUUUGAGCUGGGUGAUAAAAACCUUAAAAGCAAAGGACAACUGUCUGCAUAAAGUAUGUCUGCUCCGACUUAUUAACUUAGCAAAAAACACCACUGCAUCAUCACCAUAUAACUGGGCAACUCAACUUAGAGACUUUCUGAUGGAAUGCGACGCUCUUGAUCUAUUCGAUUCUCUAGACCAUCAGCUUUGGGAAGCCAGAAGGGAAAAUAUACUUAAAAAAUAUCAAACCAUCCUGCACAGCGCAGACAUUACGGCUGCUCGGAACUCAUCAUCACUAGAAUUUCCACUCCAGCUACCAGACUCAUUCUCACCGGCUGGGUACCUGGCGUUAAAGCUUCCACUCAACUGCAAACGCUUGAUAGCGCAACUGAGACUAUCAAAUAAGUACAACUGCUUCUUAAUAGUUAAUAACUUUCGAUCAAGCUUUAACAGGAACUCUCCGUGUCAGCUUUGCAACUUGAAAGCACCAGAUACUGUUGAGCAUCUUCUGGUUAGAUGUCCAUGCUUUUCAAGCUUUCAGACACCAAUUUCUACAAAACCUGCUGCGUAA